CGUAUGGAUUAACCUCAAGUGAGCGGUCGUACCCCGCUUAUACGUGCAAGACGGCAAGACAGAACGAGAGAGAGAAAGAGGGAGAUUGUAGAAGAGUGACUCUUUCAUUCCUAGUCAUCAGUUACCCUUAGAUCUUUUCCAUGAUGAGGAACCUGCUCAGCAUCAUUUUAGUGGUUUCAGCGGUCUCUUCCAACACCCUGGCAAAGAUAUUUGAGAAAUGUGAACUUGCUGCUCUGCUGGAGAACAAACACAAGAUGUCCCGGGACGACGUCAAAAGCUGGGUGUGCAUCGCUCAGUACGAAUCGACCUUCAACACGGAAGCCAUCAACCAGGCCAACUGGGACGGCAGCAAGGAUUACGGCCUCUUCCAACUCAACAACAAGUACUGGUGCGGAGACGAUUAUGGCAAGAAUGAAUGCAAGAUGGCCUGUUCAGAUCUCUUAGACGAUGAUUUAACGGAUGACCUUGCUUGCAUCAAGAAAAUUAUCAAGGACACGGAAGCCUGGAAAGGGAAAGGAACGGGCUUAUCUGCAUGGGUUGCUUACGUCAACAGAUGUGAAAAUAGAAAUCUGGAUGAAUACAUGGCGGAAUGUUGGUCUGAUCCAAUCGAGUCCAACAUCAUCAACACUAAAGACGAAGAAGAAGAGUCUACCCAAGAACCAGAAGCAGUUACAGAAAACGAGGACGCCUCCGGUCCUGCAGACAACGGAGACUCGCCUAUAAUCAAUCUUGUUCGCGUUCCCAUCAUGUUGCAGAGGUUCCCCUACUUCCAGCACUUAGUCAACCCCUAUGGUUACAUAUACCAACAAAGAUAUCAGUAAAAAUGUUCAAAGUUGAACUCCCACGAACAUAAAAGAAGUUCCUUUUUCCUAUGCUAUGCUGAGUCGUAAUUAUUUAUUAUAUUUUGAGAUGCCAACAUUGGGCUCAAAAGGCUACAGUUAAACUAUGUUUUAUUUAAUAUUUAACUCAAAGUGCCAAAAAUCUUUUGAAAUAUGAAAUAGAAUAUAUGGUAAUACAUAAAGUUUAAGACGUUCUUAUGUCUUUGGAUAUAUAGCUAUCAUCACAGCUUUUGUACUUCAGAGCAUAAUAAUUCAAUGUUGGUUAUCAAAUAUAGUUUAAUAGUA